AUGGGGAUAAUGGAGAAUAAGAUCCACAAAGAGUCAUCAAAAGUGAGUUCUUCGAGCAACAACGGUAAUGUCUCCGAAGAGAAGAUAGGAGGCAAUGUUUUGCAGAACGGAAUUUACAACAACACCGCUUCCACGAGGCUGCUUAAGUACAAGCGCCGGAAAGUUUUCGCCGUCAGAGAUUUCCCUCCUGGUUGCGGAUCGAUCGCAAUUCGGCUGAGAUCGUCGAAACCCGAAGCUGAGAACGGGAAUGUUGUUCAGUCUUCUGAAGCUGCUAAGGUUGAGUCUUCUGAAGCUCCUAAGGUUGAGUCUUCUUCAGCUGAAGGGGAAGAGAACUUGGGACAGAAAGUUGUUGCGGUGACCGGAGGAGUUGAAUCUAACGGAGUAAACAAGCCGGAAUCGGAACCGGUGAAAGAUGGAUCUGAUGAAAUAAAGGUGGUUGCGGCGGAAGAUGGGAAUGUGUUGGAGAGCACAAUGGCUGAGCCGGUGAAUGUUGAGCCUCUGAGAACAAUGCAGAAGGAGGAUGAUGAUGUUGUGGUGACCACAGGAGUUAACAUUGUGGAACCGGAACCUGAACCUGAACCGAUGAAGGAGGAAUCUGAUGGAUUGAUGUUUGCGCAAGAAGGUGGGGAUUCGCCGGAGAACAUAAGCUAUCUACCUGCGACGAAUCCGCCGGUGGAGGCUCAGCCACUGCGAGUCUGCUUGCCAGACGGUGGAGGACAGUUUAAGGUUGGUGAGAGAGAUAUGGUUGCUUCUACUGAUGAACAAAGUCUUGAAAGAGAGAAUUUUGAUCAGUCUCUUGUUAAGAGCACAAAGCCAUUGGAACCGAGACCAAUCCAUGUCUCGGGUCGAAAGAAGGCGAAGAAAAGUAUUGCGAGUCAUGCACCGUUGAAGGUUAACAAGACGAUGACGAGUCGAGAGUAUGGUGAAGGAUCUAAGAGCAGUGAGAGGGAUUUGUAUUCACGCAAGAGGGCAAGUCCGGAGAAUGCUAGAGAGGACGACUCUCCUGAUCGGAAGCAUCGUAGAACGUUAGAGGUCGGGCUUCCUCCUUCGCGUCCGGCUGGUGCAAGCGGCGGGAACAAAGUCAAGGAGAUUCUACGUCUCUUCCAUGGAACUUGUAGGAAGCUUAUGCAGGAGGAAGAAGCAAAGCCUAAGCUUCAGAAGAAGAAGAACUACAGAGUGGAUUUCGAAGCUGCCAAGAUUCUCAAAAGCAAAGGGAUCAUUCCAAAGUCUGCUAAUCAGGUUAUGGGAACAGUCCCUGGUGUUGAGGUUGGUGAUGAGUUUCAGUUCAGGAUGGAGCUCAACAUUCUCGGUGUGCACAAACCGAGCCAAGGCGGUAUCGAUUCCAUGAAAGUCGGUGACGAGAAUCUCGCCACGAGUAUUGUAUGUUCAGGUGGUUAUGACGACGAUCUUGACAACUCCGAUGUCUUGACUUACACGGGACAAGGCGGGAACGUGAUGAUCAAGAACAGGAAAGGAGAGGAGAAGAAAGAGCCUGAAGACCAGAAGCUGAUAACCGGAAACCUCGCGUUAGCCAACAGCGUGAGAGCCAAGAACCCGGUUCGAGUCAUCAAAGGCCACAAGCAGACGGUUCUGGAAUCUGCAGGUGGUGAUAACAAACGCAGGAACUAUGUCUACGAUGGACUAUACGUUGUGGAGGAGUUUUGGCAAGAGACAGGUUCUCACGGGAAGCUAGUCUUCAAGUAUAAACUCAGGCGUCUUCCUGGACAACCUGAGCUUUCUUGGAGAGUGGUGAAGAAGUCCAAGAAGUCUCAAAUCCGUCCUGGUCUCUGCAGGCUUGACAUUAGUGAAGGGAGAGAGAGAUUACCUAUUUCGGCAAUCAACGAAGUCGACGACGAGAAGCCUCCUUCGUUCAUCUACACGGCGGAGAUGAUAAACCCUGACUGGUGCAGGCCGGUUCCUCCCAAGGGAUGCGGCUGCACGAAACGGUGCACGGAGACUAACAGAUGCGCUUGCGUGGCGAAGAACGGAGGAGAGAUACCGUACAACUACGACGGAGCCAUAGUCAGCGCCAAGAACUUGAUCUACGAGUGUGGUCCGCUCUGCAAAUGCCCUCCUUCUUGCUACCUGAGAGUGACGCAGCGAGGGAUCAGGUUCCCGUUGGAGAUCUUCAAAACAGAGUCAAGAGGAUGGGGAGUGAGAUCGCUCGGCUCCAUCUCUUCCGGUAGCUUCAUUUGCGAGUACGUAGGCGAGCUUUUGGAGGAUAAAGAAGCUGAGAGAAGAACAGGGAACGACGAGUAUCUAUUCGACAUUGGGAACAAGUACGAGAACGCUUUAGCUGAAGGGAUGUCGAAGCUAAUGCCUGAGAAACGGUCCAUGGAAGAGGAAGAUGAUGAAGAGACUAGCGGAUUCACUAUUGAUGCUGCGAAGAAAGGGAACGUUGGGAGGUUUAUAAACCACAGCUGCUCGCCGAAUCUGUACGCGCAGAACGUGUUGUAUGAUCAUGAAGACGCGAGGAUCCCUCAUGUGAUGUUCUUUGCGAUGGAUAAUAUACCUCCGCUUCAAGAGCUCACUUACCAUUACAAUUACAUGAUUGAUCAGGUACGUGACUCUAAAGGUAAUAUCAAGAAGAAGAUUUGCUAUUGUGGUUCUUCUGAAUGUACUGGUAGGCUCUAUUGA